ACCAGACGUGUGGAAGACGCGAACGCACACACAGGAGCACAUCCGUCCAGUCGCUAUAUACGGUCUGAAGAAACCCGGACUAGACCACCUUAUUAAAACACUCCUAGACCAGAGUAUCCCGCAAUAAUUAGUCUUCUAAACCAAACAACCCCCGAGCAGCGGGUGACACGCCACCCUUCUUUAAAGUCCAGUCCCAGACCAAGUCUGACUGCCGUGGGUCCCCAUCCAGAUCAAGGUGCCAGUGGAUUUGUAAAUUGAGAGGUGUUUUCAGCUACCGCUCCGUGCAAGGACUAAUCAUCUAGUGUGCCUUCACAGAUCACAUCGUAUCCAGUUCACGUACCUUCUAAGUCUCGGACAGAGAGUUGCCAUGGAAACUCUUUUGUUGGUCCUGUGUUCUCUCCUGGCUUACGUUUCCGCAGCAGACAAAUCUGACGCCACCGGUAAGUCGCCCAUUUCAGGUGAUAAAGAAAAAGAGUUGGGACCCUUUGAUUAUGAUUAUGAGAGCCUGAGGAUCGGGGGGCUUGUGUUUGCCGUUGUGCUCUUCACCCUCGGGAUACUCCUCAUUCUCAGCCGGCGAUGCCGCUGUACUUUCAACCAGAAAGCAAGACCAACUGGAGAUGAAGAAGCUCAGGCAGAAACCCUCAUCAUCUCCAAAGCGGCUGCAGCACCACGGACAGACAACUGAGGGACAGGUGAGCAACAGUGAGCACGCAGGAGUGCGAGAGGAUGACCGAGGAGACCAUUUCUCAUGAUGACCACUGACCAGAAGAGCCCAUCUAAGAGCUAUCCAGAAAAGCACGGGUCACAGCAACACCCCCUCUGUGCACUUCUCUGAUGCACAAUGUGUGCACGUGUAUGUGCGUGCGUGCGUGUGUGUGUGUGUUAUAAAUUAAUGUGUAGCAUCACUCGUUCCUGUGCUCAGUGACUGUAACUGCGUUUGCCACUCCAGUAGACCCCAAGCUGUCUUUCUCCAUUCCCUUAGGUAUCUUGUGAGGUUUCUGCUCUAGACUGUGACGAUCAGUCUGUGUCUGUGUGAACUGGCUGCUUGUGUGAGAGAAUGCAACCAGGUGUGCCAUGCGGGCACUCAAGAGAAAAGGCAGUGCCAGACAGCUCAGCAGGCAAAUAUGCAACAUGUCAGUCCUUGUUCCUAACCCUUAAACCUAUAGGUCCCCCAUACUAGAUCAGAAUCCCACCUCCCUUUGUAAUGAUUCCUUACCUGAUAGACUGCAUUGUACGGUGCCCACCGAUCAUUAAUGUUUUGCCUGGCAAUGAGAUAAGAAUGCAACAGACCCAGAAGUAGAAUUCCAGUUAACCACUGUGCCCAUCUGCUUCUCAUACUGGGAACAUCUGUAAUGGAGAUGGCUGUAGCGGUGAUCUUACAGAACUGGUUUGUUUAAAUGUGUGUGUGUGUGCGUGUGUGUGCGCGUGUGAGUGUGUGUGCGCAUUUCGUUUUCCUGUCUAUUAUGAUGUUGAUGUACAGACCAAUGUGGCGACUUAUUACACAUCCACAAGCCAUUGUACUGAGCGACUGCUGUAUCUGUGUUGUUCCCAUGUACAAUAAAAAGUAAUAAACUCCCA